UACAGUUUUUAACUCUUCUAUGAACACUGAAGGAACGUCUCUAUGCCAGGAGAAACUAUCCUGUGAUUUAUGAGAACAUUUUAUUAUUUAAAGCGUUCAGACUGUAAAAACCGUUGAAACCGGUCUUCGCAGUUCGGGUCUAAAGAAGGCUGAUGUGUUCCAUCCGUCCGUCUCAUCCGGUCGCUCAAAGUUACUUUAAAGACUUAAAUGAAUCCGUAAAGUCCAACUGUGAAGAGAAGACAUUAUGUCAACAUCCCUGGAAAUAACUGAUUAACCGAGAGCUUCCGACCUUUCAGCACUGUCCGGGAUACAAAGGCUGUCGUGGAGGUAAAGGUUCCCAGUCCUGUGUGGGAUGUUAACGGACUGGUGGCGCGCUGAGGCUGAAGGAGCAUGGUGAAACACCAACCCUUGCAGGUCUAUGAGAAGCAGGUCUUUGUGUCCUUUGUCACUGGGAUCUAUGGUUGCCGCUGGAAACGCUACCAGCGUUCCCAAGACGACAGCUCCAAGUGGGAGUGUACAUGGUUCAUCAUCUUGUGCAGUUCUUUCCUUCUGCUUCUGUUUUGGGCCUACUUCUGGUUGGUGGCUCAAAAUGAUUUCAAUGAGUUCAACUGGUCAGUAUACAACCGCUCUGGAGAAUGGAGGGAUGAGACUAUCCCCAUCCUCGCAUCCACCACCGUGGGAUUCAGCUACAUCACGUUCUUAAUGAUCUUAGCACUUUUCCAUAUAUCCUUAGGCCAGCAGCUGAACCUCUACUGGGUCCACAAGAUUGGAGUGUUGGCUACACUGCUCACCACUAUCUCUGGGCUCAUCACUGUUAAAGACAUAUGGGGAGAUGAGUGGGACAUCCUGCUUGUGUCACUGCAGUCCACAGCACCUUUCCUGCACAUUGGAGCCCUGGCAACAGUCACAGCUAUCAGCUGGUUGGUGGCUGGAUAUGUGGUCCGCAGAGAGAGAUCCAAUUUCCAGGUGAUAGUGUUGCUGAUCUACGUCAUCAUUCUCUUGGCUCUCUAUCUGGCGCCACUCACAUUCAACUGCCCCUGCAUCAUGGACCGCACCAGCCUCAGACCUCGACCAGACAUCAUUGGCCGACGGGGAGCUCCUAUGCUGGCUCCAGAGAACACCAUGGUGUCCUUUAACAGAGCCCUGCAGCAUGGAGCAAACUCCCUGGAGGCAGACGUCACUAUCAGUGUGGACGGGAUUCCCUUCCUUAUGCGAGACCGCACCUUGAGGAGAACCACAGAUGUUAGUAAGGUCUUUCCAGCCAGGCAGUAUGAAGACGCCUCUUUCUUCAACUGGACGGAGAUCCGCUCUCUAAACGCGGGCCAUUGGUUUUUGGAGAGUGACCCCUACUGGACAGUAGAGACCCUGACAGCGAGGGACCGGAGCAGAAUAGGCAACCAGACCGUCUGCAGUCUGCUGGAAAUGCUGCGUCUCACAGCCAGGUCCAACAGCUCUGCACUGCUCAACAUCCGCAAGCCUCCACCAGAGCACCCACGCUCCCGGAACUGGUUCAUGGACACGUUGUGGGCUGUGCAGAAAGCAGGGAUUUCCCAGAAGAGGGUGAGGACUGUGACGUGGACCCCUGACACGGACAGGGGGAGAGUGAGAGGGCUUCAGCAGACCGCAAACGAGAAGCUGUCAGUGGAAGAGAUAAGGCAGAGGGGAAUAACAAGCCUGACCCUCCACUACAGCAAGGCCAGCCACAAAGACAUACAGGAGUAUCUGGCCAAUAAUGUGAGUGUGACUGUCUACCCAGUGAAUGAGCCCUGGCUCUACUCCAUUCUGUGGUGUAGCGGGGUGCCUUCUGUGUCCUCUGAUGCCCCCCAAGUCCUCCGAAAGGUGCCUUACCCCAUCUGGCUCAUGAGCCAGAACGCUUACAACUUCAUCUGGAUCACUUCGGAUCUGGUCUCCCUCGCCGUAGUCAUAGGGAUUUUCUGUUUUCAGAACUAUCAUAUGAUCAGGUGGAGGAUGAGCGGGAUGCAGACCUAUAACCCCGAACAGAUCAUGCUGAGCGCUGUGGCGCGUCGGUCCAGUCGGGACGUCAACAUCAUGAAGGAGAAGCUAAUAUUCUCAGAACUGAACAAUGGGCUCAGCAGCACAGAGGAGCUUUCUCUGUAUCCUGAGAAUGGUUAUGCGAGAUACUCUCAUGGAGGCCUCAGUCGCUGAACGCAACACACUGCCACAGCUGGAAAAAUCUCUGAAGUUAGUUUGAUUUCAGAGCUUUACUGACUGAACGUUAUAUUCUUGUGUGAGGUAAAAAGAAGCACAGCACAGAAACUGACCUGUUAGCCAACAUACCCUGGAAGUGAUAACAGCAUGGAUACCAAAUCUUGUCUAGAGUUUCUCCUAUUUGGCCUACUGAUCAUCAGUUUUUUAAAAUAACACAAUAUUCUCUUGUUUGUGUACAAGUUCUAUGUAAUAUAUGUAUGUAAUAUGAUUGUUUGUGUAUUUUUUUCAUAAUAAUGCACAUGACUGCCAGUCUGAAACACAUUCCUCAAAAAUAGGUCACAGUUUUGUUACUGUAAGAAGUCAUUUUCUUACUUUCAGUGUUAUAAAUUUGCGCACAAAAGUCAGUAAGGAGCCUUACUGGGAAUACAUGGAUGAUAUGUGUCUAUGUUGUCAUCACUUAAAGGGCAAAUGUCUCAAGUCAGAUGGUAUCUCUGCUGAAUCAGCUGAAUUCUUUGACCAGGCUGAAACUAGAAUUUAUAAAAACAUUUGUUUCUAACCAUAAUUUUUAAACAACUUCAAAAUCACAUUUGAAUGUAGGAACUUUUUCUCAUUGGAGAGAAAAAUUACACAAUGCCACUCAGACAGCAUUAUUAAUAGAUACAUUCAGUGUGUGUGUGUGUGUGUGUGUGUGUGUGUGUGUGUGUGUGUGUGUGUGUGUGUGUGUGUGUGGAGAUUGGGCCAAAAAUCCACCUGACUAUCAUGAGUUAAAACCUCUGUUCAAUCUGUUUGCUUGAGUGACCUUCUGAGAAGUUGAGCUAAUAAAGGCUGUAAUGUUGCUGUAAUGUUAUAUUUUUCCAUGUCAUUGACUUCACUGUUGUUUUAUAACAGAGGGAAUGGGCUGUGUAGUGUUCUGCAUUAUAAACUGAUGUAAAUAUGAGUUGUUUUACAUGUUUUUAUUUGUUUCCCUCUGAGAGGAUUUUAAAUGGUUUGGACAUGUGGAAUGUAUAUUUUAUGUUUGCAUUUAUUAUCAUUAUUACUGAUGUAUUCUUCUAAGUGUGAAAGACACAUAAGGCAUACAUGAAAACAGUUUCACGGGGUGAGGGGGUUUGGGGAAGUUUGAGAAUAUAUUGUGGUCCAAUCCUUUUUUUUUUUGCCUCUUCUGUCAUGCCAUGAUUGAUUUCCCAUGUAGUCAUAUUAGCUAUUACAACUUUCACAUGGCUGCCUUUUUGUUAAAUUAAUGGACUGCUAGAAUGUUUUAGAAUAUUUUUGUCUUAGUUUAAUAAUAGGGGUACAAAUUUGAAGUUACAAUUACUCCUUUAGCUGCAGACAUGUCAACUGUUCAAUAAAAGUGAUAUUUUCUCUUUGAAAAA